AUGAAAAUCUAUAAAAUAAUUAUAUUAUUAGUCUUUAGUUUUUUUGGUUUGAUAAGCAAUGAGGUUAUAAAAAAACCAACUAUUUUAAUUGGUAUAUUGGUAAGAAAUAAAGCACAUACAUUGCCGUAUUUUUUAAGUCUUCUUCAAGAUUUGGAGUAUCCUAAAGAUCGAAUUAGUUUAUGGAUUCGAAGUGAUAACAAUGUGGAUAAUUCUAUUGAAAUAUUAAAUGUCUGGCUGAAUGAAGAAUUGUCUAAUUAUCAUUUGGUAAAUGUUGUGUUGGAUGAAAAGUCUACGGGGAUUGAAGAUGAAGAGGAUAUUGCUGAUUGGUCGUCUAAUCGUUUUACACAUGUUAUUAAUUUACGUGAAGAAUUAUUUAAUUAUGGACGUAAAAUUUGGGCCGAUUAUCUUUUUAUCCUUGAUGCUGAUGUAUUUUUGACAAAUCCCAAAACUUUGGAUUUAUUGGUAGCCAAGAACAAGACAGUAGCAUCUCCAAUGCUAAAAUCCGACGGUAUGUACAGUAAUUUUUGGGCUGGAAUGACUUCAGAGUACUAUUACAUGCGUACAGAACAAUAUACUCCGAUAUUGAAUCGUGAGAACCCUGAUUGCCAUGAAGUUCCGAUGAUCCACAGCGCAGUGCUAACUGAUUUACGUAGACAGAGCAGCGAUUACCUGACAUACAAAUCAGAGAAAUUAGAAAACUACGACGGGCCUCAAGAUGACAUCAUAACAUUCGCUCGCUCCGCAAAUUUAUCUUCAACGCCUUUGUAUGUUUGUAAUGACGAAAUCUACGGAUAUGUGAUGGUGCCACUGGAGAGUCAAGAUACCUUGGAGCAUGACUACCAGCAAUUGACGAAUUUAAAACUAGAAAUUUUGUCUCUGCAAGCUGAGCUGCCUCUCUCGCAAUCUAUGAAGAAGUUUAUCACGUAUCCCAAGAAAGACAAGCUGGGCUUGGAUCAUAUCUACAUGAUCAACUUACGAAGGAGACCUGAGAGGCGCGUCAGGAUGCAUCGCUGCUUUGACGAACUGGGUAUCGAAGCAGAGACAGUUGACGCAGUUGAUGGCAAACAGCUAAAUGAAAGCGUUUUAAUAAACUCUGGAGUUAAAAUGAUGCCUGAGUACGCGGAUCCUUAUCACAAGAGACCCAUGAAGAUGGGAGAGAUCGGCUGCUUCCUCAGUCAUUUCAACAUCUGGAAUGACGUUAUUGAUAACAAUUACGAAAAAGUUAUGGUACUUGAAGAUGACGUACGCUUCGAGCCAUUUUUCCGUAAUAAAGUCAAUUUUAUCAUGAAAGAGCUGGACAGACUGAAGAUUAACUGGGACCUGGUGUACUUGGGAAGAAAGCGAAUGCAAGAACGAGGCGAAGAGUAUGUUGAUGGCUCCGAUUAUUUAGUCUACGCUGGAUAUUCUUAUUGGACUCUUGGGUACAUUUUGUCCGGGUCUGGUGCUAAGAAAUUAUUAGAAGCCAAACCUUUGGAUUCACUCGUCCCUGUGGAUGAAUUCUUGCCGAUUCUUUUUGACAAACAUCCAAGAGUCAACUGGAAAGGACACUUUCCUAAGCGCGAUCUAGUUGCGCUUUCCGCUGCUCCCCUUAUUAUUUAUCCUACUCAUUACACCGGGGAAAAUGGAUACAUCAGUGACACUGAAAAUUCGAUAAUUAUUGCUGCGAAUCAGGGAGCGUUAAAAACUGAACUAUGAAAUAUGUGUUUAUUUAAAAGUUGGCUCUUGGCGUUUAGUUUUGAGUCAGUUUUAUUUAAAUAAAUAAACAAAAGCAUAAUAAUAAUUAAAAUAAAUAUUUUAUAAAUUUUACUGCCUUAAAUAGCUAAAUUGAC